ACAAACAGGGCAUGAAAAGACUAAUAGGACUAACGGAUCUUAGAAUUGUGGUACCCUUAUUUGGAUCUUCAGGAAUGUAGGCUAUAGCAGUUUUGCAGCUCUACCAGCCUUUUGCCUCACACUGGAACUGUUUCUGACAAAGCAGAAUCCUGCUGCUUUGUGAUAGGAAGGAUAGAAAAAGAACAUGGCCUGCAUUUUGAAGAGAAAGGCCAUUAUUGCAAUAAGUUUCAUAGCAGCAUUCCUCUUCGUCAUCGUUCGCCUUACAAAUGAAGUAAACUUCCCGUUGAUUCUAAACUGCUUUGGACAAACUGGUGUGAAAUGGAUGCCGUUUUCCAACAAACAAAGGCGGCCUCUCAGAACUCACUAUGGAUAUAUAAAUGUGAAAACACAAGAGCCUCUCCAGCUAAACUGUGACAUCUGUGCCAUUGUUUCGAACUCGGGUCAGAUGGCUGGUCAGAAAGUGGGAACUGAAAUUGACCAGUCUUCCUGUAUAUGGAGAAUGAACAAUGCUCCUACCAAGGGUUAUGAGGUGGAUGUUGGGAAGAAGACGACCAUACGAGUGGUCUCACACACCAGUGUCCCCCUAUUGCUUAAGAAUCCCGAGUACUUUUUCAAGGAAACCAAUAGCACAAUAUAUGUCAUCUGGGGGCCUUUUCGAAACAUGAGGAAAGAUGGCAAUGGCAUUGUGUACAACAUGCUGAAGAAAGCUGUUGACAGCUACCCUGAUGCCAAAAUCUAUGUUACAACAGAAAAGCGCAUGAAUUACUGUGAUGGGGUAUUUAAGGAGGAGACCGGAAAAGAUCGAGUCCAGUCAGGUUCAUAUCUCAGCACUGGGUGGUUUACCUUAAUUCUGGCCAUGGACGCCUGCUAUGGAAUUCAUGUCUAUGGGAUGAUAAAUGACACCUACUGCAAGUCAGAAGCCUUUCGAAAGGUCCCUUACCAUUAUUAUGAGCCAGGAAGAGAUGAAUGUGAUGAGUACUUUCUGCAUGAAAAUGCUCCCUAUGGGGGUCAUAGGUUUAUCACAGAAAAGAAAGUAUUUGCUAAAUGGGCCAAGAAGCACACAAUAAUAUUUACACACCCCAACUGGACACUGUCUUGAUAUUGGUUCUUCUUUAGUAUCAUAAUAUUACGAAAAUGCCUCAGUUUACAAUGAUCUUGCUUACAUCUAACGGAUUUCUUACACUAGAUAAACUAAACUAAACUAAAACUCGAUGAUAGAGAAGUUGAUGGAUCAGCUGUUAAGCAAAACUUACCAAUCUGUGGAAGGCAGAUGAGUUGCUUAUUUUAUCACUAAGGGUUAUAUACUACAUAAUGCACUUUACAUUUUGACUGCAUUUUAAUUAAAGACAACAGCCAUUUCCAGAUAGCAGUGAUUUCAUGUUAUAUACAAGCAUGCCCACAGAGUGGUGGACCUUAGAAACUUUCCAGUUGCCUUAGGUAAUUAAAAUGACUAUUUGCAGUUAAUUAGCCUCAAGAUUUGCGGUACUAAAGGUAACUUCCUGUAGGCAAAUAUAAGGGAAGAUAGUAGAUUCUGAGGUAACUGUAUUUAUUUGUCUUACAUACAACUGGAUAGAUUUUAAGGACCACCAAUGUGGCAGUGUAAAUAUACUUUCACAUGCAUCCACACUCCCUGGCUGUGCUAAAAUUAGAGAUGGGGUAAAUACUGAUUCCUGAACUAUAGAUAACUCCCAUGUGCACAGAUAUUCAUAGUUUGAAGGCCCAUAGGUAACACAAGCUCUGGUUACCUACUUACUUCCAUAUUGGUUGGCCUCCAUCAUCUUGAAUGAUGUAAUUCAUCUGGACACCAUCUCAAAUUGUAGUAUUUUUGGAGGAUGACGAUCCAGCAUCCACCAACAUUAGUUCACUUUUUGGGACAUCACCCUAAAUUGUACCUGGUUUUUGAAACAAUAGCUCUACAAAUGGUGUAAAAACAUGAUGAUGGGGGAUUCCUAGGGAUACGAGGACAGGACUUGGAGCACAAAACUCCUCUGAGUUCUGAUCUCAGUUUUAACACUGAAUCCCUUGCAGCCUUGGACAAUUUGUUUCACCUUUCUGCCUCAGUUUUUCCACCUUUAAAAAUGGGGAUAAUGCUUAUCUACCUCACAAAGGUCUUGUGAGGAUUAAUUAAUGUCCAUAAAGUGUUUUGAAGGUGGAAAAUGGUAUAUUAGCAUUUAUUAUUAUGGCCUCACCAAUGGCACUUGGCAUAGCCAACAUACAAGAAUGUAUUUGAGGAAAGUGGCAGCCAUGUCAGGAUCUGAUCCUUCAAAAUGCUGUGCCCCUCUUUUUAUACUGUGUGUUCUUCCUAAUGCUGAGUUCCCUCCACUUUCAGUUAGAGUUGAGAGUUCUUGGCGCCUCACAGGAUUAUUGCAUCAAUGGGGUAGCUCUUGAGUUUUUAUACUUGCCCAUCUCUAAUUCAAAUACACUGUACAAAGUGAACCAUCACUUAUUUCAACUGCAGCAGAACCAUUUUUAAUUUGAAGGUAAUUCAACUAAACAUGUGACUUUUUACUGUAUUUAAAUUAAUGUUUAAGUCUCUUUCAGUUUGAAACAUUUCCUAAGAACGUUUUAGCACCUGGAAUGUCAGCUUCAACACUGUAAUAACCAAUACUGUGAAACUUGAAAGAAGUGUGUGUGGUGCACUCACACUAUUAAAUAGGAAACUUCAUAUGCUUUUAUAAAUCAUGAAAAGAGGAAAGGAAAAGCCUAUUUUUACAUGUUGCAGUGGUGUUAUAGCUGUGCUGGUCCCAGGAUAUAUGAGAGACAAUUACCUCCCCUUUCUUGUCUCUCUAUUUUUACAUGUAAGUAUUUGUAUACUGACUGAAUUGCCUAAUGUAUAUUUGUAUAUGUAAAUCUAUAUUUGAUAUGUCCAGAGCAUAUGUAUUCUUCUUCAACAUCAUUAAGUGCCACCCUUCUGUAAUGAAGAGGAAACACCAUUCCCCUUUGUUGUUGAGAGUGAUGUCCAUGUUUCUUCUUUGUUUCUCUUGGACUAUGCCACCGGCUUUUUUCAUUGCAGCAUCUUCCUGAUGGUUUUUAAAAUACAUGAGCUUUCUCCUCUUAUUACCUAUUGUGUGCCAUAGGUGUACCUGGUUCGUGGCAGGCAAAACCCUGAUAGGCUUUUGGUUAAGGCACUGGACUAAGCCUUCGGUGAUUUAGGUUCAGUGUCUGGCUUUGUCACAGGUCACUUGAUCUCUCUCUGCCUCAGGUCCCCAUUUGCAGAAUGACAAUUAUCACAUUUCCUUACCCUGUACUUCGUCUUUUUCUUUGACUGCAAGCUUGUCAAGCCAGAUACUAUCAUGCCCAAUGUGCCUGUACAGCACCUUGCACAAUGGGGCCACAGUCUCAGUUGGGACCUGUAGGCACUUACAUAAUAUACAAAUAAUAAAAAUAAUUAUUAAAAUGCCUCCUCUCCCAAGAGUUUAAAAUCUAUUAUAGACCAAUACAGCAAGGGCUGAAAGAAAGCAAGGAUGAGGAAAGGGUAAUGUAAGGAUGAAGGUUGCAGCUGUGAACCCAUGAGCUAGAUUUGCUAUGUUCAUACAUAUCUUGUCAAUUUGAAUGGAUAGAUAGAAAGUUAAUAAAAGGAGCUGCAGUGAGGGAUUUAAAGGAAGAACAAGGGAUGCUGGGCACACUGCGCUAUGGGGAAUGUUCUCUGCUUACGGUACAAGGGCAACAUGGGGAAAUGUAUGAAGUCACUUGUGGGGAAAGGAACCCAAAGGGUGAACAUCAGGCGAGACAAAGUGGCAGAAUUAAAAGGGUUAAUGGGGAAGAAGGGGGUGACUAGUGAUGAGAUAUAGGCAGAAAUUGUGCAUGUGGGUGAGAGGAGCCUUCAUGUGAGAGAAAUCUUGCAUGAUAGGUCGUAGAUUCCUCAGAUCAGUAGCCUACAAUUCUUCUACAAUAUAGCUUUGGCAAAAUGCCCUCCAUCCCCUCUCUCAAAAAUAUCAAUUUUUUUCCCACAAUAAGGACAGAAUAAAGACCUGGGUGAUCCUUUAUCCACAUGUGGAAAGGACAAUAUUUCAAUAUCAUUCCAGCAUAAAGGCAAGAUAGUUUUAAGAUAAUUAGAACUUGUUCAGAUCAACAUAAAUCUUUUGUAAAGUGAGUGAAGCCUUAUUCUUAAAAAUAAACAGUCCAAUGCAAAUAUUUAAUACAAUUAUACAAUAUCCUCCAAGAGUAAUUAGGACAUCCCAAUCACAAAUCCACAAAUGGUGUUUUGCAUUAAUGUAAAAAACGGGAGACCUAAACUGGUUAAAAAUUUGCAGUGUGUGUUUACAUAUAGCGGUUAACACGCAUUCUGCUACAGAAGGCCAAUCUUUUGUAUGUAUUCAAUUCUGAUUUUGCAUUCUGUUCAGCAUUUACAGUAUAUUAUAUGGAAAAAAUGUGCAGCAUGGCUUAGUGGAUAUGGCACUGGAUUGGGACAUAGGAGAGAGAGGGUCUAAUCACUGCUGUGCUAUUGGCUGGUCACCAGUCUAUGCCUCAGUUUCCUCAUCUGGAAAAGGAGGAUCAUGAUACUGACCUUUAUACAGCAAUUUGAGAUCUACUGAUGACAAGUGCCAUGUAAGAACCAGGUGGUAUUAUUUCUUUAUUGACUAUAGAGUUUCUAUGGAAAUGUUCACUGACAUUCCCCUAUUCCUGUACAAAUGGGAACUAAGACAAAGCAUUUCAAUGUGUUCUUAGGUGCAUUGCUGAAUAGGGAUAGAGUUAAAAACAAGCUUAUGUCCCACUGAAGUCAUGCAUGUGCUUUGCUCAUUAGGAAUGAACUGCUAAAUUGGGGCCUAAAUGGGGGAGUUUGGAGAGCCUAUGCUACCAAUCAGUUUCUCCCUAAAAAUUAUUACUAUUUUCUCUGCUAUCAUUGGAAAAUAUACCACAAAUGUUUUUAAUUUGUAUUUAAAAAAAAAACUUUUCUAAAGAGGAAAUUAUUCUAAAGUUAAUGGAAUCUAUUGUAACUCUUUAUGGAAUAUUUACAUACUGUAUAGAAUGGCUCAUCAGACUUUAUCAUGUGCAAUGCCCAGUUAGAUAAAUACAUCUCUAGCAGCAGCUAAAUUUGUAGCAGAAUUGCAAACCUUAUUAGAUUGUAGUUGUCUCAAAGCAAACUUGAAAGUGUUGCUACCUGUUUGUAGUAGGAUCCUUGAAUUUGCAAGUUGAGAAAAACCAAACUGAAACCACAUUAGAAACAUUGCAUCAAGCUUCAUGCACACCAGAGUAAAUGAACAUCACUUCCUUUAUUUAAAUUAGCCUGUCUUUCGUAUAAACUAAGUGCAAUUUUUCAUUAUUUUUAUUAUAUGGGUAAGGAACUGUGACCAUUGUGUUAAAGAUGAUUGCGUUAGAAAUCAGCACUGCAGUAUGGAAGAAAGAAUUUUGUUUUGUGACUAUGUUAAGAGACCUUGAUUAUUUACCUUCUGAGAGCAGUUAGGACAGCAGUUCAGAAACAUUUAUUCUUUUAAAUAAGGACUACCACAAAUUACUUGACCUUAAUUAGACACUAUUUGCUUGCUUUAUUUGAGGACCCCUAUUUUAAUCAACUGCUCAUGUGAGUAAAGAAAGUAAGCAGUAGACUUCAAAUAGUUCUCCUAGUUAUAUUUGGUAGAAUGAUAUUCACAAAUAAUUUGGCAAAGUUUUUGCCAUCUGUCAUUAAAUACGUGAAACACAAAUAUUUGUAUCUUAAUUCAGUCAGCUGUUAAAUAGUUAAAUAUUUGUCAAAUGUAUUAUUUGUGAAUAAUUUUUAUUUGUGUCAAAUAAGUAAAUUUGCAUUCAUUGUCUGACCAGCUAUAGUCCUAACUUAGAUAAAAGGUUAAAAUAUAGAACCCAUUUAUUUUGCUUACUUUCUGUGUGGCCUGCAGAGCUGGUUAACAGUUUUCAAAAAUGUUGACAUUGUCUUGGAAAAACUUGGGGCAGAUAUUUUCACAAAAUGUUUUCCAUUUUUAUCCAUCUCUAGUUGCGUGUUACAUAGCUACAGGUAUGUAACUUUGAUACAUUUAGAUGAUGUUGUAAUUGCAUAUGAUGUUGUGUGUCAAGUUGAAUAAUGUUUUCCAGUCAGUCUCUGGAAAUUGGCCCUGACCUGCUCACUCCUCCCCUCCCACCUGCAAAGGCUCCAACUCUACUGCUUGCAGAGGAGUUGGUUCUGUAGAGGCAGCUGAGCCCCUCUCCCAGGUAGGAUGAGGAGAUAUGCACACAGAGGGCUCCAUAUGCAGACAGAUCCAAAGGGGGUGGUCCAGGUUCUUUGUUUAAGUGCCUGACUUGCGUAUCUUGUUCAUAUGUUCAGGAUCUAACUGAUUUCCAGAUUUGGGGUUGGAAAGGAAUUUCCCCCCAGAUAGGGUGUGGAUCAUCUGCUGGGAUUAUCUGGGCAUGUCUCACCUAAAGAGUUCAUGGCCAUUGCCACUGGUGACACCUCAGUCUCUCAUGUUCUCUGUCUGAAACGCAAAACAGUUUAUUCUCCUGAGGACUCAAAUGCUUUAAUUUAACUGAUGCCAUUGGGCUCAGCAUAGGGAAUUUGCAUGAAAUGUAAUGGCCUGUGUUAUACAGGAGGUCAGACUAGAUGAUCUAAUGGUCCCUUCUGGCCUUCAACUCUUUGAAACUUAUGAAACUCUGAAAGGUCAUAACAGACUGAAGGAGUUUGAGCAGGAGCAGACUGUAUUCAGGAGAGGUCAUUUUAGCUACCACUUCAAUAUUCACAGAGUGCUCAUUGCUAUGGUAUAGGCCCUGGGUAGUCACUGAGGUCCCAAUCCAAAGCCCACUGACGUUGAUGGAGGUAUCUCCAAUUACUUCAAUGGGCUUUGAAUCAGCCACAGAACGCCCAUCACUAUAAAAUCUUGGCAGUCAGAUGAACUGAGGUAAGCAGUCUUGUGUAGCAAGCACCAGGUGUACUAUUGCAUUGUAUAAAUAGUAAUAAUAGUCAAGGGAGAGCAAGUUCAGCACUGUUGGGGCUGUCCCAACCAAUGCUCUAUCACCAGAGGUACAAUGCCGGAACCCGUCUCAGGACAGCUGAGGUCAGAGCACAGAUGCUUACCCAGAAAAUAUGUCAAAUAAAGCAAAGAACAUUCCACCUUGAAUUAUAAAUGUUUAUUGCCCUGAGAAGAUGGAAAAACAGAGGCACUUUACACAUUCGUGCUUGGGUUUGGUUGCAGAUCAUCUCUGACUGUAUUUCAGAAAUAGCAUAUGCCUCUAGUGAUGCUCGAGCUAGUCUAGUACUUGUUUUUGAUGAACCUUAGAGUAAUCACAAGAGUAAAAUUCCAUGUCAGUUUCCAAAGCAUCAGUUUAGAGCUGUCCUUGGGCAAUGGUACAUAUCGAGCACAACAAAUAGUUGUGGGUUUUGUUGUUGUUUCCUGACUUGGCAUGGUUAGCUCUUUUGAGCAGAACGUGUUCAGUUUUCAGCAGAUGUGUCUCUUUCUGUUCCUUUAUUCUUUGGAGGAUACAGAGAAAUGUGACUUAAACAUGCAGAGGUGAAGGAUGCCUUGGUGAAUAAAUAGCCAAAAUCCAAAUGUAGCUUCUUGAGUACUGAUGUGUUUCUGUGCAAAGCAUCAGGAAACAACAUGUUGUUUGUUUACACUGUAUUACAUAACCCACAGAAUAUUCAUGUCCAUGGACUGGAUUGGUGCGCCCAUGGUGAAAUCUGCAAGAGGAGACUAAUAGGGGGAGGAAUGAAAUCUUUCCCCAUAAGAUCUGUCCAAAAUAGGGAUUCCCAGGAGGCCAGGGCCAUCUGCUUGGUGUCCCAGCCCUCACUGCCAGCUUUGGCCCCCAAAACUGCCCUGCUCCCACAGCUCCAUUAGAUUAUAUACAUCCUCCACCCCAAACAGGGCAGUUCAUGACCUGCUUGUAGCCUGCCAAAUUCUUUCCCCUUCCCCUCCCCCACAGAACCUGUUUCCACAGAGCAUCAUUUGAAGACUCUUGGGAAGAGGAACCCUCAUCCCCUUUAGCACUUGGAGAUAUAGUGUCAUAAUCUAGCCCCAGGUAUGAGUGGUGUGAGUGUCCAGGUCUUGGAGGAGGGGGCAGUUCAGCAUAAAUGCCAUUGAGUUGUGUUAUUGUCAAUAUGUUUUAAGCUUAACUCACUUGCAAAGGGUAAUGAGUUCAUGGACCCUUCCAACAUUUGAUUUUGAAUGUAUCUCUGACUGCUAUUAUAAUAAGUCCUGUAGAAAUGAGAGUGUUAGUAUGUUAAUAUGAUCUAGUACCAUUCUGAUUUACCGGCUCUAAAGAAAUUGUAACUUGAACUAAUUAAUGUUCUUACCAUGUAGUAUGCAUGAUAGCAUGUUAUGUAUUAUUUUAUUCUCAUGCGUAAUAGAUAAUGGAAGUUAUGUGCAUAUUGUAAGCAAUAGUAGCUCUUUCUCUUUAAUAUUGUAUGACGUUGAGUUGUAGUGCUUUGCUUCAGUGCCAUUAGCAGACUGUGGCAUAUAAACUAGUGAAGCCAGUCAGGAAACGUUUACUAAACUUGACAUUUUUCACUUGAAUAUCAGACAUAGUUAAACAUGUUUUUGUGAACCUACCCUGGGGCUCAGCUAUCAUUUCUGUGCCCUGUUAUAAGGAAAGCCCACAUUUGGGUAUAACCUCAGGAAUGACUUUCUUGACACAGACUGUGUCAAAUACAUUAUGUAGUUAGGGCAACAUUUUACAAAUGUUUGACUCCCAUGCAAGUACCUUAGUUUUUGCAUGAUUUCUGCACGUGGCAGGAUGAAUGUAGUAGCUGCACAGUUUGUUCGUGUUGAAAUUCCUGACACUAACAUUUCUGAGGCUGGGGAAAUUUUUUCCUAUGCUGACUGCUCUCACAGCCUCCCAUCUGUCCCCUCCUCAGCACAUGCACAUGCAGUUGAUAUCACAAGAAGCAUUUUUCCAGGUAUUACCAAAUCAGAAUGAGGAAAACCAAUAUUUCUUAUAGCGAGAACUUCUGUUCACCUCAUUUUGCAACACAAUCUUUUGGCUAAACAGAAGCUCCAGUGUUGGGUCUUUCCUCCAUACUUCUUGGCCUAGGCUCAUUCCUUUCAUAACUCUGCCCUUUUCGGAACUGAACCCUCUCAAGUAAUAUAAGCUGAGGGGUCUCAGCACCUAACAGGACCAUGCCCUAAAUUUGCUCCACAAGUUAGAAAUGUGAUGAAGUAGAGUAUAAUCCAGCAUGUGCGCAAUAUGGAAAGUGCCUGUCUUGAUCAGAUUAAUUUUCAUUUCAUUUACUCAAAAUAGGCAUUUUAUUGUGUACAUACUUGUUACUAAUAUUGCUCUGCUAAUGCGUCCAUUGUUUUAAUAUAGUAUAUAAUGCACAUCUUCCUGUUCAUCUUUUUGCAGGGGCAAUUUUUGUUCUUCUCCUUGAAUACCCAUAGGUUCCUGUAUAUAUGUGGGUGUGGUGGGUGUGUAUACAUGAUAUACAAGCGUUCUCCUGUUUUUAUGAAGUUGUUAUUACAUAUUACUAAAAUGAAUUUAAUUAGACAUUUCAUAUAUUAUUAAAUUUCUUUCUUAUUUGCUUUUUUUAGUACUAGAUUUAAGAGUCUUUUGUACUGUUAAAAUUUAUUUGAGAUAUUUUGCAUUUUGUCAGUUUUCCUACUUUGUGCUACUUACUUUUCACUCCCAUUUGGAUUAUUUUUAUGUACUUUCUCUAUAUUUGCAAAAUUGUGCCUGGGAUAUUUUAAAGUCUGAACAAUAAAUGUGUACAAUUUCCA